AUGACCAGCAACAUCGAAUCGUCGCCUCAUUUCAUGAUCAUGUACGGUUGUACGUCACCAUUCAACGAUAACGGUCGUGCACGUCUGCCGACUAUCAACUUUAUGGUCAACCGUGACGCACUUCCCAAGAGUACAAGCAGCGUCCCCAUGACCACAUCGACAAAGCAUUCCAAGAGCACAAGCAGCUUUGUGAAUAAGUCCUGUGUAAAUCAGCGGGAGAAAUAUCGAGAUCUCACAACUGCGUCGUUGCAAUCGGCAGAACUGCAGCUCAACAAUAUCCAAAGCGAUACUGCUGUCAUCCAGCAGCUGGCUGAGCAGCCGACAAGAACAAUUGUGCUCGCGCUUCACCGUUUGAACAAGCGCGUCAUCACCGCCAAGCUUUGUGGCAAGACAGAGUGCAACAAGCGUGCCAAAACUGGCGGCUUUUGCAUCGCCCAUGGGGGUGGCCUGCGCUGCUUGGAUGCCGACUGUACGAAACACGCACUAAGCCACGGACUAUGCAUCCAUCACGGUGGAGGCAAGCGCUGCGCAGUAGACGGAUGUUUUAGUGCAUCUCGAAAAGCUGGUGUGUGCUGGAGGCAUGGGGGCAAGCGCCUCUGCAAGGUCGAAGGAUGCAACAAAGGUCCCAAGACCGGCGGGUACUGCUGGAGUCACGGUGUCAAGAGGAAAAAAGAGCUGGCUGCGAUGUAA